AUGUCAGCCCGUACCCGCCUUCUUGAAGCAUGCACUGAAAUUUCGCAUCUUGCUGCCGGGCCGUACGACCAUCUCAUCACACUGAGCCUGUCCCAUCGGGUUGAGUCCGCACUCCAGUACGCGUGCCACUUCAAUCUGGCGUCAUAUGUGCCCGUCGACGGUCGAAUCCCUUUUUCAGACCUCUCAACCCAGGCAGGAGUGCCGACAUCGCAGUGUACUCGAAUCCUCCGGCUCCUGAUGACAUACUUCGUCUUCUGCGAACCAGAGCCCGGAUACGUUAGUCACACACCGGACUCGGCGCUCCUUCUUGACGAGCGUGUUCACUCCUCAGUGGGCUUAUACACAGACGAAUCGUUGCGUUGUGCUUCUUUUCUGUCAACUGCAGCCGAGAAAUGGCCGGGAAGCGAGGAAAGAACCGAGACGGCGUACAACCUGGCAUUGAAUACACCGCUUCCCAUGUUCGAAUUCCUACAAAAAGAGCCCGCGCGUGCUCAACGGUUCCGAAAUACCAUGGCCAGUCUAUGCCGAAGAGACCACCUGAGCCUCGAUCACCUGGUAGAAGGUUUCAACUGGGGAAGCUUGCCGGAUCAGGCGGUGGUGGCAGACAUAGGGGGAUCAAGCGGACAUUGCUCCAAGGCCAUUGCGGCCGCAAACCCACAUCUACGCUUUAUUGUACAGGAUUUGGAGGUGGCCCUUGGCUGCCACAAGUCGGUCAAAGACAUGAACGGCCAGAUUCAGUACAUGCCCUAUGACUUCUUUACCCCGCAGCCCGUCCAGGCAGACAUUUACCUCCUGCGGUGGAUCCUCCACGACUACCCAGACAAGUACGCUGCGAAGAUCCUACAAAUGCAGAUCCAGAGCAUGCCUCCCGGGUCGCGCAUAAUCCUCAUGGAAAGCGUGAUGAUGCCACCGGGGACGGAGAGUCGGCUGGUAGAGCGUAAGGCGCGAAUCUUGGAUAUCGGGAUGAUGUCUCUCUACAAUUCUGCAGAGCGGGAUAUGGACGCGUGGGUCGCUUUUUUCAAUCGAACGGAUCCGAGACUGCGCUUAGUGAAUGUUGUCAAAUCAACUGGGAGUGCUUUGUCCGUAAUGGAGCUUCAGUUGGCGGCGGAGCCAUAG